AUGUCCGCGGACCAGCAGUCCGCCGAGGCGAUCCGCAGCUCCGGCAACUCGUCCGAAAUCGCGGUCUUCCUAACCUUCGGAAUCGUGGUGGCCUUGGUCAUCGUCCUGAACUACCGCCGUGCUGCCCGGGCCCGGCGCCGCCAGGAAGAGCAGGAGCGCCGACGCCGCGCGUCCACUUCCGCCGUUCUGCAGGCGGCGCUGGCGGUCCUGCUGAUACAGGCGCCGCCGCCACCACAGCGCACGCGCUACCGCGACAGGACGUCGGCGUCCGACUCCUCCGCCCCGCGCGAGACUCAGGAGCCGGCUGCACCCAUGGAGGAGCUGCUGGUGUGCACGUACCUUAGGGCCGACGGGUGGCAGGAGGCAACAUGCCCGGUAUGCCUUUCGGAAAUGGAGGACGGCGAAAUUGUGAGGGUGCUGCCGGUGUGCAUGCACUACUUCCACGACGCCUGCGUUGCCGAGUGGCUGCGGCAAAAUAAUACCUGCCCGCUCUGCCGCGGGCCGCCUGCGGCAGGAGCCGAUUCUGCUCCAGCCGCGUGGUAUUGA